AUGUAUUCCGACAGCGCCAGAUAUAACAAUAGCUAUGAUAGAAGAAGAUCCAGAUCAAGGAAUGGAAGACUUCCUCGUUACGAUUCCUCCUCCAGCGACGAUGAAUGCAACAGAAGACGAUCAAAAAGUCCCUACUGUGACCGCAGUGACUUUGAUUAUGAGGGUAAAAAAUCUAAAUUUCGAGCCAGGGAAAGGAGUGUUCAUUGUUAUCAAUCUCGUCCCAGUGAACGUCAAAGAGAAGACGACCGGGCUGAUUAUUACCAUUCAUCUGGAGAUAGAAAUCGACACGAUUCUCGAGGAAGAUAUGCGAAAAGUUCUCGUGACGAAAAGUACUCUAAUUACUAUCAAAGAACUUCUUACAAACAAGGCACAAAGAGAAAACGCUCUCAAGAAAGUUAUAUGGCCAAAGGUCGAAACGAACAUUCCUAUAAUGCCAGUCAAAAAUAUUCUAAAGAAAUAAAUGCGACAAGUUGUCGAAACGCUCAAUCAUUUAAUUACAACGAAAGAACUUCCUAUAAACAGCAAGUUCCAUACGAAACGACAAUACAUGAAAAACGUGAAAGCAAAAAAAAAAACGUGAUAUCCCCCAGUAAAUCCAAAUCGGAAGAGUCCUCGGAAGACGCUGUAAGUCAAAAUAACCGCAUGAGCGAGGACAUAAAAACACUCAGCGAUAUUGAAAAAGAACAUGCUGAAUAUUUGAAAAAAGAAAUUGAGGAAUUCGAAAAAAGGCAACCACACAUUACGAAAUCUUUCCAAGAAGUAGAAGAAGUGGAGGAAUUUGCCAUUUACUACGAUGGGGCUGCUAUUGAAUGGGGUAUUUAUGAACUUUUAAAGGGGACUGAAUCAUUGUAA